UUGAACCAAUCGUUCCGGUUCUGUUGGGUCGAAUCUACUGGUUCGGUUCGAUGCAAUCCUGCCAUACAAAUAAGAUCUCUACCGCAUGUACCGCAGUACCGAUGGUCAUCAUGCUUGUCUUACGAAAUAAAACUCAACAAGACGAAGUGAACUUUCAGUCCGCUUCCAUUUAUGCCUUUUUGGAACACGUGACCAGGCCCACCUUUAAGGCUCUAAGUGACGCUUUUACCCUCGCUGGAUCCCCAAUUUACACAACGAGUCCUCGUCCCUGUUUCCAUGACCAUAACAAACUUACAGUUAACACUCUAACAACCUCUCUAUCACUUUAGCGUCAUUCUGCGUUCUAUCCCAGUUGUUCCCAAAACGACGCCGUUCGACCACACUCUCGGUACGUCGCAGCAUGGCGGAGAAAGUAUUCAGCGCGAAAGAGAUCUUCGCCGCCGAUUCGUCCAACAUCUUCAUAAUGAUUCUGGCAUUGUUGAUUUGGCUCGGAGCUAUUCACCUCAAUUUCCUCUUUACUCUCUUGUUGAUAUUCCUUCCUCUCUCCAAAUCACUCUUGCUUUUUGGUUUGCUGGUUGUGUUGGUGGUGAUUCCGGUGGACGAUAAGAGCAGAUUGGGAAGAAGGUUGGCAAGGUCCCUAAGUAAGUAUGCUUGUAGUUACUUCCCGGUCACGCUUCAUGUAGAGGAUAUGAAUGCAUUUGAUCCUAAUCGCGCUUAUGUUUUUGGUUAUGAACCGCACUCAGUUUUACCAAUUGGUGUCAUUGCACUGUCUGAAAGCAUUGGUUGGAUGCCACUUCCAAAAUUGAGAGUUCUUGCUAGCAGUGCAAUUUUUUACAUACCGGUGUUGAGACACUUAUGGACAUGGUUUGGCGUCACACGCGCAGCAAAGAAAAAUUUUAUCUCCCAGUUAUCAGCUGGAUACUCUUGCGUUUUAAUACCUGGUGGAGUGCAAGAAACAUUUUUUAUGAAGCAUGGCUCCGAGAUUGCUUUCCUUAAAAGAAGAAGAGGAUUUGUUCGUAUAGCAAUGGAGCGUGGUCAUCCCUUAGUUCCAACUUUUUGCUUUGGUCAGUCAGAUGUCUACAAGUGGUGGAAACCAAGUGGGACGUUGGUUAUGAAACUUUCAAGAGCUAUAAAGUUCGCCCCAAUAUUUUACUGGGGGAUUUUCGGAACACCGAUACCGUUCAGACGUCCAAUGUAUGUAGCAGUGGGCAGACCAAUUGAGCCUCCCAAAAAUCCAGAACCAACCCAGGAGGAGGUUGACAAAGUGCUUAUUCAGUUUGUGGAUGCACUACAAGAUCUAUUCGAACGACACAAAGCUCGGGCUGGAUAUCCAAAGCUUGAGUUAAGAAUCCUAUGAUAAGGCCGUAAUAUCUUCUCACGAUUCAUUGGUUUAUUUAUUUAUUUUCUAUCUUUUUAUUGUUUUUGGUAGGAAAAUUUUUUUAGUAAUUGUGUUGAGGAUACUUGUUAAGAGGUGUAACAUAGAAAAAAUUUAUUGAGAAACCAAAUAAUUUGAAAUUUUCAAUGUAGCCGUGACAAAUGCUGUAUUUUAUCAAUCCCACCUGGGAAAGAGAAAGAAUAAGAAUGAGAAGAGAUGACAUGGUAAAUUUUCUUUA